AUGAGUGGCCCGGAAGACUUGUUUUAUGAUGCCGCCGUAACUGUUCUCAAGGGGCCCUCUCUUUACCUCUUUGACGAGGCCCGCAUCCCAGACUAUCAAGUCUCGCUCAAGCAGGCUCUUCUCGCCUCCAAAGAUAAGCCUCUGUCCACCGAAGCAUUAUAUCUCGGGGCAUCUGCUGCAGACCGCGCUGAAGCUAAACUUCUUGCAGGAAUUGACCCUGAGAUUCUCAAAGUCAAGUGGAAACACCAAGAUGUCCUUACUGUGCCUGGACUUUCAGAUAAUGUGUCUUAUGACGCCAGUGUGGUGUUUAUCAAACUCUCCCGUACACAUAUCCAAAAAUUUUGUUUGUUGACCAGACUUCAUGUUGAACGUGAAUCAGUAACCCAGCGUCAAUCCCGCCGUCGAAACCGAAAAAAUAAGCAAACUUUGAAUCAUACUGAUUACCUGACAAGCAAAGUUGUGUUGAUUGCAAAUGCUACCCCUCAGGUUCUGGCUAUUUUCACCAGCUGGGCUAGCAAAACGUUUGAUACACUCUUUAAGCCUAUUCCUCUUCUUUCCUCGCAAUUAAUGCUGGCCCAGUAUGAUGACAUAUUUAAUGGUCUUCGUGGGUCAUCUCCAACCCAGCUUCAAAAAGAAUCUUCAUACCUUACAUUCGAUACCUCAGCGUUUACAGCUACUACAAAUGACUCUGAAGACAUCACUUUCUCGUCUUCUUCAGCCAUUAAAGAAAUUACUGUGUCUAUUCUUGGAAGCGAUUUGGCAGGUUACUUUGGACAGCUCGAACCAAACCAAACUUUAUCCUCCAUUGUUUUUUAUCAUUACUUUAACAUAACUGGAAUAGACUUAACGAAAUUGCCACUCAAGAAAUUCACAACAAAAUCGCUCAUCAUGGCAGCCUCUGGCAAUUUCCGAAUAGAAGGUAGUGGGAGCUACUGGCGGGAUCAAGAUAGUUCUCAGUUUUGGAAAUUUAUUCAAAAAAUUGCAGAAGAAAAAAUAAAUUAA